UAUUAGAUCAUCGCAGUAGUUAUGCAGUUUUGAUGUUGAAGUUCCCAGCUUCGCGACAGCUAAACUGUAAGAGGCUUCGGUGCACCAAGGGCUUAGCUCGACUACAGCCAAUCAGAAGUUGCCUUUUUGUUUUGCAUAGUAACGAAUGCACCACCCGUCACCUGUCAGGCGCGCUGUGCUACGCCAGCGCUGUUUAUGAAUCCAGUCUGUUGGUAGACUACUGAAAGACCCCGGUUAGUUUACUCUGUUCAAGGAUACUGAACUUACUUCCUUAUUUGAUGUACAGUAAGCGCGGAAUGUAAUAAAAAAUCUUGGCGUGCACGGCUUGUUUUCUAAAUGGAUGGAUAUAGUAAAGGAGACACUUGAUAAGCAGGAAAUACUACUUCCUCAGUGACUGUUUCCAUUUAUUUUAAAAGAAAAUAUGCAAACCUGUUACAACACCGGCUGCUGCAGUUCCACCAGAGGAAGCCUGGAAUCAGUGCGUUUAUUGUGCAUCUUGUAAGACUGUAGUUGUCCUCUCCGCUUCCAUGAUGAAGAUCGCUGUGCUGGACCUGGGCACUAUAUUUGCUAAAAUCUUUAAAUCGUCUAUACCGCCCCAAAUUCCUGCCGCACCGUCACCUUCCGUUGGCUGCCAAGAUGAACCUGCUGCGCUUACAUUGCCUUCAGUUCACAAGAUGAUGCCUCUCAUAUCUUCAUCCUUCAAGAAUGGCAGCUCAGUUCCUAACAGCCCACGAACAGUCAAGAGCAACGCCAGUCCCCUCGCCUUGGUUACAGGUUUGAAAUUCUCAGAGCCAACCGUUAAUCGGAUAUUGGUCCGUCCAGCUCCAAGUUCAUGCCUUGUCACCUUAAACACGAUCAAAUCGAGCCCUCCGUGUCCAACGGCCACUAUCCAGAGCGGUGGGCGAGCCUUACUUGGCAUACCUGAGAACUUGAGAAGGAGCGCGUUGGGCAAGACUGAAGCGAGUGGUACGGAGUCGCGGCAUCCGGGCAGAAAGAGCUUGUCAAAAGGUUCUGAUCACCAGUUUAUUGAAAGCCAAGCCAACUCUCUUCCUCUUCACUUUACAUCACAUGUUGUUGGUGCCAUUCAAAAUUACCAAAGAAAAGAUUCAAUACCCUCGGACACAUGCAGUGGGCAAACUACACUUACAGAUCUCAACAAUUCUUGGUCUGAAAUUCACAGUUAUGCAACUUGUUUAUCAACAGAAAGAAGCUCAGUUUACUCUUGGAGAGAUGAUGAAUUUGACAAAGUUAACACCCAGAAAAUCCGACAGUUAUUUUGGGAUGUUGAUGAGAUGUUAUUUGAAAGUAAAGUGAGUUCCAGAACUGAAGGCUUGCAAACAGAAUGCAAGGAAUGGACCACACGGUCACCCCACCUCAGGAUUUUAGGUACCCAGCUAAUGCUACCAAAAGAUGAUGGUUUUCAGCACUUUCACAGAAGAAAUACAUCUGAAGAGACAUCCUCUCAAAGAUGCCUUGAUAAUGUUUCUGAUAUAAAAGAAAUGUGUCUCUCUGGCCAAAGACUGGAACCAUCUUUAUCUCCUGUCCACAGUGCACUGAUCUCUGCCAAAGGCUUAUUUUCAUCAGAUACAUCAGUUUAUUCUUUCUUGGAAGAAGAGAUUUUUGAAUCAGAUGGAAAAAUUGAGGAAUAUUUUGCUUUUGAUUGUAAAGAGAUCGAGGAUGAGGUGCAUGAACUCAAAAGAAUCCCUAAGAGGAAUAAGCGUGGAGUACCGCCUGUUUCACCACAUGCUUGUAUCAAAGAUGCCGUAACUGCUGAGGUCUUUGAUGAUGUAUGGAGGGAAACAGUUGAGAUUCUAGAAGAACUCAUAAGGAAACACUGGGAAAGUGACCUGCCAGAUGAGGAUUCACAUAUGAUAAAUGUGGAUAGUUCCAAUGAUAAAAUGUUACUCAUGCCUGCAUCCCAAACUGCAGUGGAUGAUUUUACAGUAUCGCCUUCAAGAAGCUCAGAUGCAAGAAUAAUGUCUUGGUCUAAUUUGCUGCCACAUCGGGCCUCUAGAAUACAAAGUGCUUUCAACAGUAAUUUAAAUGGAGUUAUGACAAUUCAAGCCAAACCACUGCAGCACAGAUAUUCUGGGUUACCGGAAAAGACUCAAUCUGAAAUAGAAGACAAGGCAACCAGUAAUUUCAGCUCUUCAUGCAGUCGAAUAAGUCGACUCAACAACAGUAUUCUUUCUUCAUCAAAGAUGCCAAACACAAUUUUCCGCAAACCUCCUUCUCAGCGGAAACUUCCAGCACUCAGCUCUGAUGCCUUGCGAUUAAAGACAGUUAGUGAUGAAGUUCUGAGAGGAAUUAAAAUGCAAAGAAACACUGGUACUGACUACUUAUCAUCAUCAUCAUCUGCAAUGCAAAGCUUGCAGAAAAAGCAGCUACCAACAAUCCAUUCAGAAACAUUGGAACAGAGAAUUUUAGUACCAGCAUCACGUCACUUACAGUGCAAAGGAAAAAUGUUACACAACAGAGUAUUAAGUGCUGUUCCUGAAAGCAUCGGCCAUCGACCUCUUAGGGAACGAGCUAUUGCGCUGGAUCCAUUGUCAAGGCCUAAAACAACUCAUACAUUUAGGUCUGACACUUUAUUUAAAAGAUCUUUAACACCAAUGGAUUUUGCGAGCCACACUCGAUUUGGGAAAGGAUCGUUUACAGGUGAACCUGUGGAUAUUGGAGUGACUGGAUUCAGUGUUGGAGCUCCUUGUUUGGGGUCCAAUACUAUUUCUGAUCCUCUGCUACACCAUCAGCGACAUCAUUUAUCCCAGUCUAUAACAAAGGAUGUUGAAGGAGAAUGUCAACCAUCGUGGGGUCCACAUAACCAGACAAGAGCCUUCAAUCGGAACUCAACAUUUUGGAAAAAGAAAUACCAGAUGGUUUCCUCGUGAUAUUUUUUUCAAUGACUGAAACUGGUACAGUCUAUAAAAUAUUACAGUUUAAAUGUAAGAAUAACAAAGACAAGAAAAUAAAAUAUGUACAUGGAUUAUAAUGUUAAAUGAAUUUGCAAUUAAGUCAUGAUGAAUACAAAAUUGUUUAUUUACUGGGUAAAGCAAGUUCAUAAAAGGAUGAAUGAAAUAUUUAUAAAUAUAUAUUAUUUUAUACAUAUAUACUACUGGUCAAAAAUUUGAAAUCGUCCAGUUUUUUCAUAUUUUGGACAGAUACUUUUUUUUAUCAGCACACCAUUAAAUUAAUUUAGAUCUACAGCCAAGACAUUACUAGUCUUUCUAAUAGCUAUUACUCCUUGAAAUUAGUGAUUUUUAAUUUAUUAUUCACAUAUGACUGUAAAGCUCAGUUUCCUUAUAGUAAACUCCCUUACCUUAUCCCUAAAUAGUAAUUAUAAAUGGUAACUAGUUAUUUAAUAAACCUUUGUAAUUAUAUUAGCACCUCUGAAACCUGUUUUUCUGUUCGUUUGCUUGGCAAGGCAUUGGCAUUCCUAAAGUUCAGUUCUGGGUUCAGAAAUGGCCAAACAGCUUUCUCAAGAAAUAUGUCAGUCUAUCAGGUUUUUUUCUUUCUCAAUAUGAAGAUUAUUCCAUGUGACAGAUUGCCAAGAAACUGAAGGUCUCAUACAAAAGGUGUCUAUUACUACCUUGACAGAAGAAAGCAAACCGUAUCUAAAAAGGACAGAAAAAGAUGAGAAAUGCACAACUGCAUAACAGGAUAAGUAAAUUAGAGUCUGCAGUUUGAGAAACAAAUGCCUUAAUUGCCUCCUCCCUUAAAUACAUAACAAAUACCAGUGUCAUUUGCAACAAAGAAAAAUGACUCCAGAAUGCUGAUCAUAACAUACUUUUCCAGUUAUUAGGCAUCCAGUGUCUGUCCAAUUUUAACCUUUUCUUAUUAUUUGCCAGUUUCAGGCAGGACUUUUUUUUCUAAGCUCUACCUCAAAGGCAAGCAUCUCUAAAUAUUAAAUUAUAAAUCAGUCAUUUCAAGCAGUAAUAGCUAUUAG